CCAGCACUGAGGGCUGCAACUUCUCUUCCCCAGAGAGACUGCCACUCUGAUUCCCCAGGCUGCUGCUGAGCCCUGGGACCUGCCCAGUCCUACUGGGAUCCGGACCCCUUUGGGAAUACUGCUGACACCGAGUGCUCCAUCGGACAUACCUGUUGGAAACAGGAAAAGACGUUGGAGGUCUUCUAAGGAGAGUCAUGGCACACACUCUGGAGCCUCUAUCCCAGAUGCCCGUCAUCAAGUUCAAGGGCCAGGACUUUAAGACCCUGCGGGAUCGUUGCCUAAGCAGAGGCCUCCUGUUUGAGGAUGAGACCUUUCCUGCCGAGAUUUCUUCCAUAGGCCCGUUGCUGCUCCAGGGAAAAGGCCUCUCCAGGCUGCAGUGGGAGCGCCCAAAGGAUUUAUUGAUGGGUAAAGCAGAGCCUCAUUUCAUCCUGGAAGGUGCGAGCAGAUUUGACAUCCAGCAAGGGAAGGCAGGAGACUGCUGGUUCCUGGCAGCACUGGGCUCCUUGACACAGAACCCACAGCAUCUGCAGAAGAUCCUGAUGAACCAAAGCUUUUCCCACCAGUAUGCAGGGAUUUUCUGUUUCUGGUUCUGGCAGUGUGGCCAGUGGGCGGAAGUGGUGGUUGAUGAUCGCCUGCCUGUCCUGAACAGGAAGUACCUCUUUGUGCAUCCUCUCAACAACCAAGAGUUUUGGCCGUGCCUGCUGGAGAAAGCCUAUGCCAAGUUCCGAGGAUCCUAUCAGCACCUGCACUACGGCUACCUCCCCGAUGCCCUGGUUGACCUCACGGGAGGGGUGGUCACCAGCAUCAGCCUGCACUCCUCUUCCCCUUCUGACCUAGUGACGAUGGUAAAGACCGCUGCCAAGGCAGGCUCCCUGAUGACCUGUGCCACGCCGGCCGGGCCGACAGGGGAAGCCACAAGAAUGGAGAAUGGCCUGGUGAGCCAGCAUGCCUACACCGUGACUGGGGCCGAGCAGAUUCAGUACCGGGGGCGCUGGGAAGACCUCCUCCGCCUGUGGAACCCCUGGGGCCAGGACGAGUGGCGAGGGCGCUGGAGUGACGGGUCUCCAGAGUGGCAGGAAACCCGGGACCCACGGAAAAGCCAGCUGUAUGAGAACAAGGAUGAUGGCGAGUUUUGGAUGUCGCGUGAAGAUUUCCAAGAGAACUUCUCCUGCCUGUAUAUAUGUAACCAGUUUCCAGUCAGCCUGGACCUGGGACACAUGCCCCAUGAAAGAUGGUCCCAGAUGACGUUUAAGAACCGCAUGACUCCAGGGAACACCACAGGUGGUUGUGACUGGUCAUCAUCCUGGCAGAUGGGAUGCUGCCAGCGCUGGUCCCAUCCUGUUUCAGAAGGACUUCAGAGGGACACACAGUACUUCUUCUCUGUGCCCGAGAGCGUGGAAGGCAACAAUGUCGUCGUGUCUUUCAACAUCGUGCCACAAAAUGUAAAGGCAGAAGAUGAGAAAUUUCCACUAAACUUCCAGGUGUUCAAGGUCGACCCUCAGUUUCAGCACUUCCGGGAGAGACUGCCGUCCACCUUUUUUUCCCGAUUCAGAAGUGCUGACAAGGGCAUCGUGACUAAAGCCAAGUACAACCUCACAAAGUGCUUCACGCUGAGCCCGGGGACCUAUGUGGCGGUCGCGUCUGCGCGCAGAGAAGCAGUUGAGUUCUUGCUUCGAAUCUUCCUGAAAAUGCCAGACCCGGACCGGAACCUGGGCAGCGGUUUCAACCUCAGAGCACUGCAGGCAAGUCUUCCAGAAAAUGGCUCCCAACAAAGCAUUUUCUACAAAUACGCCCAGCAGGGACUAGGCAUUGAUGCCACCCAGCUUCAGAGACUUCUCAACCAGGAAUUCCUGAAAGGACCUCCAGCGGACACCUUCUCUUUGGAUGAGUGCCGGAGCAUCGUGGCGCUGAUGGAUCUGAAAGUGAACGGGCAGCUCGACGAGGAGGAGUUCUCCAGGCUGUGGAGCCGACUCAUCAGCUGCCAGAGCGUUUUCCAGAACACCCAGAGGAACACAGGCGUUUUCCUGAGCUCGGAUUUGUGGAGGGCCAUAAAGGAUACAGACUUCCUUGCAGGGGUCUCCGUCGGCAGCGAGCUGCUGGAUCUCGUCUCCCUCAGGUACAGCGACAGCACCGGCCGGGUCAGCUUCCCCAGCCUGGUCUGCUUCCUGAUGCGGCUGGAAGCCAUGGCAAAGACUUUCCACAACCUCUCCAAGGAUGGAAAAGGACUCUACCUGACAGAAGUGGAGUGGAUGAACUUGGUCAUGUACAACUGAAGCAAGGAGUAGAGCAGACCCCAGAGACCAGAGAACAGACCUACAGAUACAUAGUCUACAUCCCACCCUACUACAGCAGAAGCCCCUGCAGAGUCUGAUAGAAUAUUC